AUGUCCCGCGACUCCUCCCACACCUACAUACACACGCAGUCGUCACGGUUCGCGGACCUCUUUGAAGAAUUCUGCCGCCCACCAUCGGCGUCGUUUCCAACACCUUCUUCCGCCGCCACGACCGGCGCCGCAGCCUCCUCCAGCCAAGCAGCCAACGGCGGCAGCAACACCGCCGCCACCACAACUCAUCAAGCAGGGCACAACGGGAUCGGCGUCAACGACAACUCCAACAUGGUCCAGGUUCCCGGAUCCUUCCUGCCCUUUGAGGAGAUCUCCCUCCCACCCCACCUGCAGCCUCUCAACCCCGAGGACGAAGACGACGUCGUGCCGGACAUGCACGCCGCGUUCGGGAUCAACAGGGCUCUGGGCCAGAACCAGGGCGGCGCGGCCACCGUCGCGGUGACGGCGUCAGGCGCAGGCGGAGGAGGAGAAGGAGGAGGAGGGGAAGGAGCCAACAGCGGCGCAGGCGAGACGAGCAAUGCAGGCGCGCAGAGGGAGCCCGUGUGGCGCGACUUCGGCCUCGAGGCACUCGUGGCCGGCGUCAGCAUCCGCGCCUACGACCUCGGCACCGGGAGAAGGGAAGGAAGACGGACGAAUCUAUUGCUUCUGCGGUGA